AUGCCACAUGCCACCUCUCUGCCCGCCGCGGGCUUCCAGGCCCUGAUUCUCUGUGGUCCAGGUGCCUCCUUUAGCACAUUUACCUCCACCCCCAAGGAGAUACCAAAAGCCCUGCUGCCCAUUGCGAACCGGCCCAUGGUCUGGUAUCCACUGGAAUGGUGCUAUCGCAUGGGGGUCACAAACAUCACCGUGGUCACUCCCCCCGAGUCUCUCGACGCAAUCAAGACGGGCAUGUCCCAGAACCCACAUCUCACCACCCUUCCUUCACCGCGGCCAGAUAUUCUCGCCCCCAAAGAUCUUACUCACGAGACGAGUACGGGUGACCUCUUCCGACUACCCGAAGUACAAAGCGCAAUCAAGGGCGACUUCAUCGUGCUGCCUUGCGAUCUCGUCUGCGAACUGGAUGGCACAGCCCUGGCAGAUGCUUGGAUGGUGGAGCAGGGAGGACUCGCAGGCGCAAGCGGUGGACUGGACGCCUAUGGCAACAAGGUGGCAUCGGGGGCUGGUGGAGAGAGAUUGGGACGACGAGGAGGCCUGGGUGUAUGGUAUCAGACUAAAGGCGAGGAUUCCAAGAAAGGCGCAGAAACAGACUUCAUCGCAACCACACCCCUGCCAGCACCCAUUGUACCCGCACCCACCGACUCCAUACGACGACACAUUUCCAAUCUGGUCUAUUCUGUCCCCACCGACACACUCAACGACAUCACGGAAGAAAACAAGACCUUCCCGCUCCGCCACUCUCUCAUCCGCAAACACGCCCGCAUAAAGAUGCUCACCACCCACCGCGACGCCCACAUUUACUUCUUCCCCUACUGGGUCAUGGAGAUGAUCAAAAAGAACGAGAAAUUCGAGUCGAUAAGCGAAGAAGUCCUCGGCUGGUGGGCAAAAGCAGGCUGGCAAGACGGUCUGGGCGAUAAGCUCGGUCUGCGUUCCAUCCUCUACGGCGAAGACGACGAGUCAGACAUGGGCUCGCAGUUCAUCGAGGAAGAAAUUGACGUUUCCAAAUUCAGCACAACCUACUCUCACCAAGCCAGCCAGUCCUCCAUCCCACCAGCCGCGCCCUCACUCGCAUCAAGAGUCACGCGCUCUUCCAUCAUCCCAGACGCAGCCAAAUCAUUAUCGUCUUCUGAAACAAACCUCACCAUUCCUCCCAUUCUAGCCUACAUCCACCCCUCCACCCCCGUCGCCCCCCUCAUUCGCCGUGUAGACGACUCCCACCUCCUCCUCACCACCUCCCUACGCCUCGCCAAACUCCCCUCCAUCGAAGAAGUCGGCCGCGACGCCGCCUCCCCCUUUGCCCACGCCCACAAAAUCGCCCACAAGGAAUCCAUACCCAAGCGAUGCCGCGUCGAGGCCGAAAACUCGCUCCUCGCAGACAAUGUGAUUGUCGAGGAGAAGACGAAUAUCAAGGAGAGCGUGAUUGGCAAUAAUUGCAAGAUUGGAGAGGGAGCCAGGUUGCUGAGGUGCUUGCUCAUGGAUGGCGUCGAGGUCGGGGCAAAUGCGCAGCUGACGGAUUGUAUCCUGGGAAGACGGUGUCGGGUUGAGGGCGGGGCGGCCAAGGGAGAGGAGAGGACGGUGUUGAAGGAUUGUGAAGUGCAGGAUGGCCAGGUUGUCGAGUGGGGCACCGAAGCCAAGAACGAAAAAUUCAUGCGCUUCGAUGUCGGCGAAGAUGCAGAUGAGGCCGGAGACUUUGCAGACGACGAGGCUGGAGAUGGAGUCGUUGCUGGCGAGCAGGAGGGUUUGGCGCUGUGA